AUGGACUAUUCCCAGAGUCGGAGCAAAUCGAUCAACCCUGAUGGUCAUCCGUUUCAAGAUGAGAGGCUGCAGUUAUCCCAUAUCAAGGGGCCAAUAUCUUGGUUGAAUCCUACACACGUUAUCUCUAAACCGUUUUCUUUUGUGCAUGCUCGAGAGCAUUCAUCUGCUAAGAUUAUCCAUCUCGCGAAAAGUCAACUGCGACAUGAAAGGAAAGUGAAAGGUGAUAUCAGCUACGAAUGGAGGUCACGAGAUAACAGAAAAGGAAGACAUUCACUAAUAGUUGGACGUCCAACUGAGCCCGGGAAACGUGUACAUAUUGUAUCCAAAUGGGUGAACUCCUUUAGGGCAACUCUGGGAGGCAUCAAACGCAUGGUAGUACAAUACCCAUAUUGGGACAUAUCAUAUCUGACAGCAAUUUCUUUCACUCUUGGUUCCAUUGUCUGGGUAAUGAACUCAUUCUUCGUUUUCCUACCACUCGUUCAACCGAAGUCGGAAUUCGCCCAUGAAAUUUUGAUCGCCGGGGGGGUAUCAGCAUUCGUGGGGGCGACAAUUUUUGAAGUGGGAAGCAUCUUCCUCGUACUAGAAGCAAUCAAUGUGCAUGACACCGGCUGUUUUGGAUGGGCGCUCGAACAUUUCAUAUCCGAAAAAGGUGAAUCCUUGCUUCGAGUCUACCCCGAUCCAAGGAGCUGCACCCACCAUCAUGUAAACCAAAGAAACCUUGUUGGCCGAGGUGGCUUAGAAACACCGAUUACCAACAACUCGUCUGGUGAGGUAGGCUCACCGAGGGCGGGGAUGCCUAGGUCACCGAGUUUCAAAUGGUUGCCAACUCUGACGGACCUUCGAACUCAUUAUAUUCACGAGCUGGGCUUUCUAGCUUCCUCCAUGCAACUCAUCGGGGCAAGCAUAUUUUGGAUAGCUGGUUUUACCUCUUUGCCUGGGAUUAACAACCAUCUUAGCGAAAACCUCGCCAACGGUGUGUACCGGGCUCCUCAGAUAAUAGGUGGAGUUGGAUUUAUUAUAAGCUCGACACUAUUCAUGCUUGAAACGCAGAAAAACUGGUACACACCGGCCCUUCGAACACUAGGAUGGCAUAUUAACCUGUGGAAUCUCAUAGGUUCAUUCGGAUUCACUCUCUCCGGUAUUUUCCUCCUUGCGUAUAACAACUCCGGUUUGCAAUAUCAAGCCUGCCUCUCGACAUUCUGGGGUUCAUGGGCCUUCUUGGUCGGCUCAGUAAUCCAAUGGUAUGAGAGUUUGGAUAAGUACCCUGUCGAAGACCGUGGGUCACUAGUUGAGGGGUGA